AUCACAUCAAGUAAUUUAUGUCUCUGCAAUUUUAAUAAUCCUUUUUUAAUUUGCCCUGUACAUCCUGACAUUGACAAAGACCUAGUUUUGUUGUUUUUUUUACUAGAAUUCAGUCUAAUUUAAUCUGAAAAUCUUUGAUAAGGCUUUCACUGGUAAAUUCCCACCUUUUUUCCACCCUGCCCUUCAGAUAAAAUUCCAUACACCUACACUCUAAAUACAGCUCAGUUUUUUUUACUUCCUGCUCGACGUGUUUGUCUCCACUCUCGCUGUGGAAAGUCCGCUCCCUCACCGCUCAGACGGGUAUAAAAGCGCCUCGGACGCUCGUCGGUGCUACAGAUGCAAACAUGGAUCAGUUCACUUUCCUGAAGGAGAACCUGGAGAGAAUCACGGUGGUGGAGAAUUCAUUUGGUCCCUCGGGGAGACCGUUGUCCAAGCCUGGCCGGUUCCUGGUGGGCGAGGGCCGCCUGCGCAAGCAGAACCGGAGGAAGACUCAGAUGAAGGACUUCUUCCUUUUCAACGAUAUUCUGGUGUACGGCAGCAUCAUUCUGAACGGACGCUGGCACAAAAAACAGAGGAUUAUACCUUUAGAGGACCUGCAGCUGGAGGACUUGGAGGACGGUGAGGGACGCACCAACCAGUGGUUGAUCCGUACGCCCCGCAAGUCCUUCAUUGUGUCCGCCGCGUCCUCCGAGGACAAGCGGGCCUGGAUGAGCCACAUCUUGGAAUACCGCGACCGCCUGCUGCAGGGGGGCACCUGCCAGCCCACCUCCACCUACGCCAUGACUUGGAUUCCGGACUGCGCCUCCUACAAGUGCAUGCGUUGUCUGACCAAGUUCACCGCCACCAACCGUCGCCACCACUGCAGGAAGUGCGGCUUCCUGGUCUGCAAGUCCUGCUCCACGGCACGGGAGGUGAUACCAAACAUUCACCCCACCAAGAAACUGAGGGUGUGCUCCUGCUGCCGGACCACGGACGCAGAAGAGGACGAGGAAGAAGUGUCUCGCCUGAGGGCGGACAGCACUGAAUCAGAAAACUCAGUGUGGGACGACAUGGGGUCGUCCAGCAGUGGAGAAGACGAGGAGGUGGACCUGCUGCUCAGUCACUUUCCCAGCAGCUGGCUGGACUUUUGAUUGGAUCAGAAUCUCAUCUGGUCUUUGACUGCGAAUGUGCACUAAAGAAAACCACCACAAGGGAAGAACCAUGGUCGGUGGUUUUUGUUGGUUUGUUUUUUAUUUAUAAUCAUCACCAUCAGGUGACGAGAAGAAAAAAGAAAAGUCAUUUCUUUGAGAAAACUGUUACUUUAAAUUAAAGAAUUAUUACUUAUUGUAUCGUGAUCGUUGACAUUUUCACAUGUUUGUUUUCACUGUUGUGCUGUUAUAUAUUUUUAUUUCUAAUAUUUUCCUGCACAUGUCACUCAGUAAGUGUUAUCACAACACUGUGAAUAUGAAUGAAUUAUUUAUUUUUAAAAAAUUCACAAACUCUGCUUUGAAAUGAUCGAAUAAAAGCACUUUGAAAUCAGUAA